UGGUUGUAUAGUCUUGAAGGCUGUUGGACUCAACAUGGCAACCUUAUGGGAUUGGACUAUAAAUAAAGUCGAGCAAAGAAUAUGUGACGGAAACUGGGAAGCAUUUAUACUCUCCCGUUUGAUUUCACCCUGUGUAUCGGAGUGUUCUCUUAUGAUACCUGGAGUUUUUUUGCUCAUAUUUGGUACUUUACGAUUGUACUGGGUGGAAGACAAUGUUUGGGACAAGGAAGAAGCCAAAGGUUUUCUACCCAUCACUUGUAGAAUUCAACAGUGGAUCGUUUCCACUUUAGCAGCUAUGGCUGUUUUAUUCGUGUUGUUCUCUUAUGGAGAGCACCCAAAGGGUAUAUAUCCACCUUGGCUAUUGACACUUUCUGUCGCAAUUCAAUUCUUGGCUUGGACUCUUUGCCACAAGUUGAUCCGUGUUGAUGCUUUGUUUAGUGGGAAAGGUUCUCUAGGUGGAGUUCCGCUCCUUCUUCCACUAUUCUAUUUGAUCAACGCUGCAGUGGAAACCAUCAAACUAGUUUCUACUGUUUCCUACUCGAGUACCUGGCGUAUUAUUGCAUCGAUUUCUCCCGUCUUAGUUGUCGAUUACAUUUUCAGUGCUGUAUCUUGUGUACUUUGUUUUACACUCCUAUUCAUUAGUCUCUUUGCUCCUCGUCGAGGAUUCCAAGCUGCUCUGCCAAACGCCAAUCCAGAAGAAACAGCAAGUGUCAUGUCACUAUUAAGUUUCUCGUGGCUCAAUCCUUUGUUUCUUAUUGGAUAUCGAAGACAACUCAAUCCACAGGAUUUAUACACGCUAUCCAAACCAUUACAAAACGAAAAUGUGUUGCAGUUGUUAUCAUCAAAAUGGAAACAACGAGGCAUGGAUAAAUCAAAUGCUUUACUUGGAGCUUUAUACUUUUCAUUUUGGCCACAGUUUUGGUCUGCAGCGCUAUUAAAACUUGUGGAGGACUUGUCUGUGUUUGCUGGUCCAGUAUUGUUGCAGAAGAUUGUUUCUUAUGUUGCUCUAGUUCAACGAACAGGGUCGUCCGAAACUCAAGUAUUGGGCUUUCUAUAUGCGUUUCUUAUAUUUCUUAUUACGAUGAUAAGUUGUUUGGCAGCACAACAAGGAAAUUUUAUCGUUCAAAAGCUCUACAUGUGUGUAACAGGUGGACUGGGAGGUAUGAUUUAUCAAAAAGGAUUGCGACUGAGUAAUGAAUCCCGAAUGAGAAUGACUUCAGGUCAUAUCAUGACUUUGGUUUCUUCAGAUGCAGAAAAAGUUGCCUUUUACGCCCAUUUCUUUGAUCUUUGGGAUGCGCCUUUGAAAGUAUUGGUUUCCAUAGGAUUUUUAGUAUUUGAAGUUGGAUGGUUGGCAACUGCCGCUGGAUUCGCAGUCAUUCUCACUAUGAUUCCGAUCAAUUCCUUUGUAGUAAAGAAACUAGGGGAUAUGCGGCAUCAGUUAUUACAUAAUACGGACGAACGGGUUCGGUUAGUUACCGAAAUAUUGCAGGCUAUCAAAAUCAUCAAAAUCAAUGCUUGGGAAAAAGACUUUCGAAAGAAAAUGAAUUUGGUUCGAGAUGAAGAGUUGAGGCAUGCCAGAAAUUAUAUGUCGUUGAAUUUUGUCAAUGCGUUUAUGUUUACUGUCAAUCCUGUUUUGGCAUCGGUGACUUGUUUCAUUGUUUAUGCACUAUUGUCACCUGUAUUGGAUGUGGGUAGAGCUUUUGCAGCUUUGGCUCUAUUCAACAAUUGUCGAGUGCCAUUGAACUACUUGCCUAGUGCCAUCGGUGAUUGGAUGCAAGCUACUGUUGCAGUUCGUCGAAUUGAAGAAUUUAUGUCCCAACCAGAGUUAAAAGGACGGGACGGUCUUACGUAUCAAAUAACGGAAGAGAAUCGAGAUUGGAUAGAGAAAUUCUCUUCUGGAGUUGUGUUUGAGCAUUGCAGUUUUUCAUGGUAUGAUACAACGUUUCGAAAUGUUUCAGAUUCCCAAGUUGCUACAAGUCUCAAGAAAGAAGAGGAGACUCCAAUGUUGUUGAAAGCUGAACCUUUGACUCGUUCUCCUCGAAAGAAAGCAAGUUAUGGUGUUGCAGAAGAUAAGAAUGACCUGAUAGCCAUUCGAGAUAUCACCAUGCGAGUAGAAAAUGGUUCAUUGGUUGCUGUUAUUGGUUCGGUAGGAUCCGGAAAGACAUCUGUGCUCAUGUCCAUACUUGGGGAACUGGCACAGUUGCAAGGAAAUGCUUUAGUAUGUGGCCGAAUUGCUUAUGCAGCACAAAAUCCUUUUAUUCAACAUGGCACUAUAAGAGAGAAUGUUUUAUUUGGACGUGAAUAUGAACCUUCUCGUUAUAGAGAAGCUCUUAGGGUAUCAGCUCUACUACCGGACCUAAAGGAAUUAGCAGCAGGAGACCAAACCAUGUUGGGUAUUAAAGGUGCAGGGCUAAGUGGAGGUCAAAAACAGAGAGUUUCUAUAGCACGCGCUGUUUAUGCCGAUGCAGAUAUUUAUGUUUUGGAUGAUAUUCUUAGUGCAGUAGACGCACAUGUCGCAACGAAUAUUUGGGACGAAUGCAUCGUUUCCUUUUUGAAAAACAAAGUCCGCAUUAUUGCAAUGAAUCAGAUUAAUUUUAUACCUGGAGUGGACUAUGUGCUUUUGCUAGACUCAGGAGAUGUUAUAUGGAGAGGCACUCCAGAAGAAUUCGCAGAUUCUCAGUUGGAGUUGGCUAAAUUUUUAAUAUCCGAUGACAUAAGUGAUGCGGAUUCCGCUUCUGAGGCACUCGAAAGUUAUUUUAGUGGUGGACGUGAAGACAGUCUUGUGGAAGAUGCGCAACAAUGGAAUCAUGAAAAUGGAGAAAUUGUCAACUUGGAAGAAAAGGAUGAAAUCGAAACUGAGGAAGAGGCAAAACCUUCCAACUUGUUUCAAGAAGAAGAAAGACAUUCUGGUAGUAUUCCUUCAACGGUUUAUUUGACAUAUUUGUUGGCUUAUGGAGGCAAGUUGGUAUUGUGUGCUCUAGUCUUUGGUUUUGGCUUUGAUGUAUUGUCGAUGAUGGCUACAGACUGGUGGAUGGGCAUUUGGUUUAGUGGGAGAAUUCAGCCCGAUCCUGGAAUGAAGUUUUAUAUGUCGAUAUACAUUCUGAUUGCUUUCAUCAAUGCUGUCGUUGUAUUGGGGAGAAAUGUUGGAGUUGCUUUGGGAGGUCUUCGAUCCGCGCGGGAGCUACAUGCGAAAUUAUUUUCAUCUAUUAUUCGAGCACCACAAAGAUUCUUUGAUACAACUCCAGUGGGUAGAAUAGUGAAUCGAUUUUCCAAGGACCAAGAAGUUGUCGAUACAAUGCUGCCAUUUUCAUUGGCAGAAUUUGCCAAGUCGGUCUUUCAACUUGCCUUUAUAUUUCUUUUAAUAGCAUUCAGUACACCGCCUAUAGUGAUUUCUCUGAUUGUCUUAUUACUAUUGUAUUAUCCUAUUCAAAAUUAUUAUCGACAUACUUUUCGAGAACUGACGAGAUUGGAAGCAGUUGCUCGCUCAUUUGUGUAUUCUCAUUUCACGGAAUCUUUGGAUGGUGCAGCAACGGUCAGAGCUUAUGAUGCUCAGGAACGAUUUCGUAAGGAAUUAUCGAGUCGUAUAGAUAGACGUUUUCGUGCAUUGUUUUGUACGGGAGUUGCAGAAAAAUGGUUAGAAGUUCGGUUGAACUUUUUAGGGACUUCGGUAUUAUUUCUCUCUGCAGUUUUUGCUGUAGCAGAUGCUGCCAAAAUUAGUCCUGCGCUGGUUGGUUUGUCUCUUUCUUAUGCACUGUCUAUUACAGGAAUUCUCACUUGGAAUGUUCGACAAUUUGCAGCUCUAGAAGGACAAAUGAUUGCAGUGCAGAGGCAGUUACAGUUUGUCGAUAUUCCUUCCGAAGCUUUGCCAGUUAUUCAUUCUUCUCGACCGCCUCCGUAUUGGCCUAGUGAAGGAGCUAUUGUGGUUGACAAUUUGGUGGUCCGAUAUUCGGAGAACGACCCUCCAGUCCUUAAAGGUAUCAGCUGUCGCAUCCGACCAAGGGAAAAGGUUGGCAUUGUUGGUCGGACAGGGGCAGGCAAAUCUUCGUUCUUCUCAGUCUUAUUGCGUCUAGUAGAGCCAAAUGGAGGUCGAAUCAUGAUCGAUGGAAUAGAUAUUGCAACCAUUGGGUUGUAUGAUUUAAGGAGUCGACUUGCAGUUAUUGCACAAGAACCUGUUUUAUUCAAAGGAACUAUUCGUAGUAAUAUGGAUCCUUUUGGAUAUUUUUCGGACGCUGACUUGUGGGAAGCACUUCGACGAGUACAUAUGAAAGAAACCAUUGCAAAUUUACCGUUGGGUUUAGAUACUGAAGUUUCAGAAGACGGAAGUAACUUUUCUGCCGGACAAAGGCAGCUGAUUUGUGUCGCGAGAGCCUUAUUGAGACGUUCCAAAAUAUUGUUAAUGGAUGAAGCUACUGCAGCAGUGGAUUUUCAAACCGAUGCAAUGAUUCAAUCCAUGCUUCGAGAUGAGUUUGCAGAAUUGACUGUCCUCUCUAUUGCACAUCGCCUGGAAGAUAUUAUUACAUUUGAUAGAGUUAUAGUAUUUGAUAAGGGACAGAUUGUCGAAUUUGAUACUCCUGCAAGAUUGCUGGAAGACCCUUAUACUCUAUUUCAUUCCAUGGUAGAAAGUACUGGCACAGCAACAGGCCGCCAUUUGAAACGUCUGGCUAAAGAUAAAAAGGCAACUUAAAUAUCUUGCAACAAACCCAUGAAGUGAACUUUUUC